UCGUUAUCAAGCACCGUUAACAAGGAAUCAUUCUUUGCUAGAAUUGCUUCACAGUUAGACACUUGUUCCCACUUUCUAUUCAUAUUUUAUAACGCAAGUAAAUUGCUUCUUUACUUUCUCAACCUGUCGUUUAUAUUUUACUCAUAUUCAUACUUGAUAAUACUUGAGUAAUUAUUCUAUGUAUUGGUAUCGUAUCAUAUCAUCUGCAGUGUAAAUUCAGGCAAACCAAGGCCCCUCCAUCAUAACUUUUUAUUGAAAUGGAAGUGAAGCAACUCGACUUUGUUCUUGUAUCAUUGGGUUUGCUGGUGUUUGGAGUAUAUCACAUUUGGCUCGUCAUUACUGUGAAGCGUAAUCCUAGACACACUGUAAUUGGCCUCAACGCUGAGAGUCGUUGUCAAUGGGUUUUCUGCUUAAUGGCCGAUCCCCUAAAAAAUGGUGUUUUGGUGGUUCAAACGCUUCGCAAUAACAUGAUGGCCUCCACCCUUCUCGCAACAACAGCGAUUACUCUAAGCUCAAUCAUUGGCGUCUUUGUGAGCAGUACUUCAACCAACACAAGUGCAACUUCCAGACUGGUGUAUGGUAACAAGAGUGAGUUCAUCACAUCAGUCAAGUAUUUUGCACUCAUCCUUUGCUUCCUUGUAGCCUUUCUGUGCAAUGUUCAGUCGAUUCGGUACUAUGCACAUGUGAGCUUCUUGGCAACCUUACCUACAUCCGGGGGAAAAAAGGAAGCUGUGGAAUAUGCUGCCCGAUGCUUGAAUAGGGGGAGCUUCUUUUGGUCUCUUGGCUUGCGAGCCUUCUACCUGUCCUUUCCUCUUUUUCUGUGGAUCUUUGGCCCAAUCCCUAUGUGUGCUUGUUGUUGUUUGAUGUCAUUCGUUCUUUAUUUCUUGGACACGACCAACAAUUUCACGCGGCAUCUUCACUGUGAAUCCUUCAAAGAAACAGAUUACAACAGCAUGGUGCCUGUUACAGCCAUAUAGUUUAUAAAUGCCAUUUAAAAGAUCAAGUAAAUAUACCUCACAUUUUUAUCUUCUCUCUUCAUAUCCCCCUUUUACUAUUUUUUAUUGGUUUAAUGAUUAUGCAUGGAAGCCUGUAGUUGUAACUUGUGUUAUUGAAGGUACUGCUAGUACCACUACAAGUAUUGAAGCUACUGCCACAGCUCAGCUCAGCGAUCUCAUAACAACCUCUGCCAUGUCAGCAAGUUAGUUAGGUGAUUCUGUUAGAGCUAACUUGCUUUUGAUUGGUUGUAAUUGAUGUAAGACUAAUAUGAUUGGUUAGGACAAAUUGUUCUGGUCCUACAUAUACUGAUUGUAAUGAGAAUCAUUUUAGCAAUCAUAGUAAAAGAUCUCUCUUCUUCUCUCUCUCA